AUGAAGAUCCUCAUCAAGUCGUUGGCCGGUGGCAAUUUCCACCUGGAUGCCGAGCUCACCGAUACCAUCGGCACGAUCAAGUCCAAAAUCCAAAACGAGCAGGGUCAUGCGCCCGAACUUCAGAAGAUCAUUUUCUCGGGAAAGAUCCUGACCGAUGACAAGACAGUAGCCGAUUGCAAAAUCAAGGAGAAGGAUUUCCUCGUCGUCAUGGUGUCCAAGCCCAAGGCGCCUAAACCUGCAACUGCUGGUGCGUCCACUUCGGUUGCUGCUCCUGAAAAGCCUACCGAAGCUGCACUGGCACCUGCGCCUGACGCUGCGCGUGCUGCGGCAGAGGCUCCAAAGGGACAAGAUGCUGCAGUUCCCACGUCGGAUUCCUCGAGCCCCGCCACCACCGCCACCGCCGCCGCCACUACUACUGCUGCUGCUGCUGCUGCUGCUGCUGAUGCACCGGCGAGCGCAGAGUCUGCCACGCCAUCUUCCGCGCAAACUCAGCAGCCGUCUGGCACUUCGGGCAGCUUUUUGACGGGUGGUGCGCUCGAGUCGGCCAUGCAGAGCAUGGUCGAGAUGGGGUUCGAGCGCGAUCAGGUGCAACGCGCCAUGCGAGCCGCUUUCAACAACCCAGAUCGUGCCGUCGAGUAUCUCAUGACGGGCAUUCCUGAACACCUUGUCAAUCCACCAGCGGCGGCGGCAGAAGCUGCAGCCCGGACGUCUUCGGAGGGACAACAGACGCCUGCGUCUGGUGCAACGCCUGGUACGCCUGCUGCGCCUGCACCUGCUGGUGCGGCGGGUGGUAGUCGCGUUGCAGCGACGCCAGCUACGCCAGCGACACCGACGCCUGCGGGCCGUGCAGGCAACCUGUUCGAGGCGGCUGCAGCUGCACAGGCGGGGCGAGGUGGAGGUGCUGCACGUGCUGGCACGGGCGACAGCAGUGGCAGUGGCGGUGGAGCCGGUGUGUUGGGAGAAGACGACGGAAGCGGCGAACAGGUGAUCGACCUCGGCAACCCGGCGAUGCUUGCGCAACUGCAGCAACUUGUCCAGCAGAAUCCAGCCGCACUGCAACCGCUCGUGCACGCCAUCGCCCAGUCGAAUCCGCAACUCGCCGAAGCCAUGAACCAUGACCCACAGGGCGUGCUCGCGCUGCUCGCAGGCGGGGCUGCAGCAGCCGACGAUAUCGACCUUCCUACACUUGCAGAGCUCGACGAGCCCGAUCGUGCUAGUGUGCAGCAGAUCGUCGCUAUGGGCAUCCCAGAGGCCAAGGCUAUCGAGUGUUACUUUAUGUGUGGCAAAAACGUCGAAAUGGCCGUACAGUACUACUUUGAGAACCCGCAGGAUUUCGACGAUUGA